AAAGAUAAACAACAAAUGUCUUCGCGAUUUUUUAGCGUAUAUAAACAAAAAAAAAAAACCUUUAGGUGUAGAAAAUUUUUGCGGUUUUUACUUAUUGGUCGAAUAAGAAAUUAAGAAAAUUGAAUUUUCAAUUAAAUUAAAGUUAAAUAAGUGUUAUUUUGUUUGCAAUUCAAGAUAAAAAGUUGUGCAAUGAAGUUAAAUGAAGCCGUUAGUGGGAGUCCUGUUGUAACACCUCUCAAAAUAUCAUCCGUAUUGGGCCAGAAAUUAUCAAAGGUGGAGCCAACGCAAAAAAAUGAGUUAUUAGAGAAUGGUGCUGCUGCAGCAAACGAUGAAGAUUUUGACAAUUUCCCAGACGAUGAUGAAGAAGAUUCUACAAAAGAUGAAGACGUUGCAGGUUUUGUUAAAGAAAACAUUAAGAUGGAUCUGAAAUUAGUGGAUAUGGAAGUUGUAGAGGGCGGAGGUGGUGGUGGUGGUAGUGUUGGCGUUGUUGCAGAUGGUAUUGCCGGAGGAGGUGUUGAUAAUGAUACAGCCGAAACAGAAGAGGAGUCGAACGCUGGCGUUAAAAAGAAGGGUGUACGUAAAAAACGUUCUAUCAAUUGGGAGGAAGCAGAAAGGAGCCUUCUAGUUGAGGUUAUUAAACCCAAAGUUGAUUUUGUGGAAAAUAAAGCUGUUGAUGCUAAAAGUAUUAAAUCCAAACGUAUGGCUUGGUUACAUGUAACCAAACAAUUUAAUUCUUUAAAUUUUCGUCAUCGUUCUUUGGAACAAAUACAAGUGCAGUGGCGUAGUAUGAAAAACUCAGCCAAAAAAGAAUAUCAACAAAAACAUCCCAAGAGCACGUCACCGCUGGAGGGUUUACAAAUGUUGGAGUUUAUGGAGGAAAUGCAAAAGGAGCCUAUAAUGGGAGGCACGCGCAGCCAGACCAGAAAUUCGACAAUACAAAAUUCAGUGAAAAAGGAAUUGCUUGAUGACAUGGAUGAUGAGGAGGAGGACACACCUUUGGCCGCCUUGCCCAAUACCCUGUUGAAUCACAGCAACAGUGAAGACACCCAACCAACAUCCACUUUAGCACUACCAUCACCUCCCACCUCAGCUGAUUCACAUCACUUGGAAUACCAGCAGCAGCAGCAGCUAAUGGAAGUCAACAAUAUCAGAAUGAAAAAGAAAAAAUCUCUACCGAAAAUUAAACAAAAGCUCACCAAUACAAAGAGUCCAUUGUUAAGCUCGAAAUUGCAAGAAAAAUCCAGUUCGGGUGUGGGUAUAGGUUUGAAAAUCAAAAGGCAAAAGUGUGAAACAUCAACAUCAUCUUCCUCCUUAACGGAUGUUUCCACCACUGGCAUAAUGUUGACUUCAAUGUCCAAUGCGAAUGCAAGUUAUCAUACCACCGAUUCAAAAACAGCCAAUAAUAACACCAUUUCCCUGACUGCUUCAAAUCUAAACACUCCGCCUCUUUCACCUCCCAUAUGUUUAGAUGAAAAGUAUAAGAAACAAUUGUUUGAUCUGGUUAAAAGGGCACGCUUGGCCGAGAUAGACUUUGCGCGCAAAGAACACGAGCAAAAGUUACGAUUUGAACAGCAAGAGCAGGAACUCAAAUUGCGUUACAUGACCGAAAUCCAUGAACAACGAAUGCGUUUUUGCAUGCAGGAACAUGAAGCUCGCAUGCGUGUUUUCUCCACAGCUACGGUCGCUGCAAAAACCAACGAAAUAUAAAAUAUUUACAUGACAUACUGGUUACACAUUAAAAUUAUUGAAAAGUUAAAGAUUAAAUGCCAAUAAUAUAUAGACACAAAUGGGAAAUAAUAGUAAUAAUAAUAAUGUAUUAUACUCUUACAUAGGAAUUAUGUAUUUACAUAUGUAUGUAUAACUUGUGCAUUUAUUAUUUUAUAAAUUAUUUCAAUACUCAUCUAAUUUUGAAUGGUUGUAUUCAUUUCAAUAUUCAAACAUUUCACUACUUGAAACAUAAA